UUUACUUCAGUAAUUUGUACGGAAAUGAUACUUUAAUCAUUGACAGUGAGCACAUUUGCGCUAAGUUGAGUGCUGUGACAUCUACCUCCAUGGAGAGCAAUUUAAAAGACCAUCAAGAGGUUACUCCUGUGCUGAAAGAGAUGGAGCUGUCUUCAAGUCCAGUAAGACCAGUAAAAGAUAGUAAAAGAAGGAAGUUGAACAGUGAGAAGUCAACUCCCACUGUACAAGAUAACCGGAGACCAUCAACUCGUGUAAGAACUCUCAAGGAAUUCUUCAAAAGCCCCGAAGAAGCCAAAGAGCCGCUGGUCAAAGAGGAAACACUUACAGUUGACAUUUCUGGAGUAAAAGAGUUGUUUCAACAAGACAAAGACAUUUCCUCAGAUACAUGUGAUAUGCAUGGAAAAGAAAAUUCAGGGGAAUUAAAUAUUGGGUUGAGAACCCCUAACAUUAAAGAUAGCAAGAAACCAAAAGGCAAGAGAAAAGUAAGGAGUGCUUCAACUAAAAAACUUUCUGCUGAUGAUAUGUCAGCUGUUGAACCUAAUACAGCAAUCACUCCUCUAAAAGAUGUUUUUUCUCUGAAAGAACAUUCAGAAGAAUCUCCCAAAUCUGAGAAGAAAAUUCAGAAAGUAUGCAGAUCAGCUAAAUCCUGUAAAAGUGGUGGUCCUCAUCCCAGUCCAAGAUGGGGUCACUCAUUCUGCUUCACAGAGCCACCAAAUGCCAUCAUCAUUGGUGGACAGGGUGACAAACAAGUGUUGAGCAAGGACAGUAUUUGGGAACUUCAGACAGAGACCAAACAGUGGAGACCUCUUAAGACUACAUCUGUUGGCCCAAACCCAGAAGCUAGGAUGGGGCACACUGCUACAUAUGACCCUGUGAUGAGGUGCAUCUAUAUAUAUGGUGGGUCCAAGAACGUCAAAUGGUUCAGUGAUGUGCAUGUGUUAGAACUGGACGAAUUGAAGUGGCAACUGGUAAAGGCAAAUGGUAAAGCUCCAACCAGGGCAUACCACACAGCAACCCUGUACCGACAUGAACUGUGGAUGUUUGGUGGCGUAUUCCCUCGACCAGACCCACAACCAGAUGGGAGCAGUAAUGAGAUAGAGAUCUUCAGUCCUGUCAUGGAAAGUUGGUAUAAUCCCAUAGUGACUGGAGAGAAACCAGAACCAAGAUCAGGGCAUUCUGCAACCAUUAUUGGAGAUCAACUGGUGGUAUUUGGAGGUUGGGAUUUCCCAGUGUGCUUCAGUGACAUACACAUCCUUGACAUGGGUUUUGUUGAAUGGACCAAGCCCAAUGUUAAUGGCACUCCACCAGCUCCACGAAGCUGGCAUGCUGCUUGUGCCUUAACAGGGAAGAGGGUUCUGAUUCAUGGAGGCUAUGAUGGUAAUAAUGCCAUGGAUGAUUCCUUCAUCUUUAAUCUAGACACCAUGGCUUGGACUUGUGUAAACAUAGACUUUGGUAUCCCUGCUAGAGUGGGACACACUAUUCAGUGUUUGCCGUACAAAAAUGAAAACCAAGACAAGGAAGAAAUAUUGAUAUUUGGUGGUGGUGAUAAUGAGGGAUCAUUUUUCAAUGACUUGUUUGACUUGCAUCUUCCUCUUGACUUGUAGGAAGUAUAAAAUAUCAACUUUUUUCAUUUGUACAUGUUCAGAAACGAUCUCUAACAAGACAAAAUAUAACCUUUGGUAAAUAAUUUUUAUAUUAUUUAUUAAAAGAAGUCAUUCAUUUAUUGGUCUCCAAUAGAGUGUUUAUUUUCUGGAUUUGGUAUUGUUUUUGUUUGAUGUCCAUUAAGUUUUAUAUCUAUAUUUUUUUAUCAUACAAUUCUGAAGAUUCAAUACAAAGUUUAUCUCAAAGGCACAUGGAACCUUAACACUUGAUGAAAUAUUUUAUUUGUCCAUGACUGCAAUAUAG